ACACACACACACACACACACACACACACACACACACACACACACACACUGUCACAUGAUCACAUCAUGAUCUUAUGCCCUGUUUGAGUUUGAGAGUGAGCGGCCGCUGCUCACUGGCUGAUUCUGACCAAUCAGCACAGUGAGUUAGAGAGGAAACAGGAGUAUUAUAUUCCUCUGAGUGUCACUGGUGAAUUUCAUAAGCGGGCACGCUGCACCCUUAAAGGGGCAGGAACCCUGUAGCUUAAUCUAGAAAUCCACAAGACGCCAGUUACUCCUUGAUGUACUGCAGAUGUUUUUACUUUGCUCCUGGAGUUGUCUCAGUGUGUAGAGAAAUAGUUGAGGUUAGACAUUGGUACAGCGCUCCAUGUAAUAACAUCUGUCUGGGUUUUCAGUUGAAUCACGGUCUCUGCCUGCGUGAGUCCGGCGACUGCUUACGGGAGCAGAUGCAGUACAUGAUGAGGUCACUGCAAGACCUGAAACAACUACAGAAAACCUGCCCUGCAGCCAGACGCCCCCUCAGCACCCAACUCCCAGCUUUAGUGCGCCAUUCUGCAGUGGCACGUGCCUGUCAGCAGCGAGCAUUGCAGCGAGAGCAGCGCACACGCCUGCGGAUAUCUGAUGCCAGCACGGCCAGUACGUACGACUCCGCCUGCUGCUUGUCUAGUCCUCUGGAGGAAGACGAGGAUGACUCGAGCAGCCGGCUGGGCCUGAGCCUCAGACUGGACCUGGGCUCUCCCAGCAGUCAGAAAAGUUUGGAGUUUGAUUCAGGCUACUCUGAGGCAUCCUGGCAGGACGAAGGGGUGGUCCUCAGGAGGACCAGGAAUGUGAGGGUGUCAUCUUCAGCCUGUCUCCGCACAAACAGAGCACCAAGUGGACGCAUUCGACCCAAAUCCACAUCUGACGCCUGUCUGGAGAGGUGGACAUCGUUUGAGGUCAGCGACCCAGAAGACUGGACAAACUCUUUAUUGACCAGAGGACGCAACCGCCAACCUCUGGUUCUGGGCGACAACAGCUUUGCAGACCUCAUACAGAACUGGAUGGACUUGCCAGAUUGUCCUGAGCCCACUCAGCUGAAGCCAAAUUCAGGAAGGAGACUGGGAAGAGGUUUCUUUGUCAACAUGAGGAGCAAACUGGUCGGCUUUUCUAAGAGUGUAGAGGACAGAGUAAGGAUGAGAUCGACAGACUCUGCUCAUGUUAACAGAACUGCAAACGCUCCAAAACGUCUGUCUUGUCCAGUCGUGGCAUCACAGCCCAAAGUCCCCUUUUUCCACCAGUCUCACUCAGGCAUUAAUGAGACGCAGACAGAUUUUUACCACUUUGCAGCCCUCCUGAAAUCACGCAGCCGACAGCCCAUCAUCUGCAAAGAUAUCAUUGGAUACGUCUGACAUUCAUGUAAAGCCGUGUACAGACCGGACAAUCCUCAGUCAAUUUAUUUUGAUAUGACUGUUUUUUCACCUCUUAUGUGCUGUGACUAAGCUAAUAGAAAUAAAGAUGUUCUCAUAAUUUAAA